AUGGGUUGUUGCUACUCAUCGCCUUCCAUGGAAGAUCCUCCACAAAAUGCCCCUCAAUACCGCGGGGGAACUGAUCCACAAAUAACAAAGUUUUCCUUCUCCGAUCUAAACAUGGCCACCGAAAAUUUUAGUUUGAAAAAUAUCGUUUCAGAGAACGGAGGGGAAACCUCUGAUAUCGUGUACAAGGGGCAUUUGACUAACCGUGGUUUCAUUGCUGUUAAGAAAUUUAAUAAUGUGGCUUCGUCUGAUCCUAACCAGUUUGUGGAGGAGGCACAUAGAGUUGGGAAGUUAGGGCACAAGAGUGUAGUAAAUUUGAUUGGAUAUUGCUGUGAUGAAAAUGAAAGGCUUCUUGUCGCAGAUUUUAUGCCAAAUGAUACUCUUUCUAAGCGUUUGUUCUAUCUGAAAAAUCAAACCAUGGAAUGGGAAAUGCGACUUAGUGUAGCUUUUUACGUGGCUCAAGCAUUGGACUAUUGUAGUUGUGGAGGCUUUACGUACAAUAAUUUAAGUGCUUACUCGGUUCUGUUUGAUGAGGAUGGUGAUGCAUGUCUUUCCUGUUCUGGGUUGAUGAAGAAGUUCAAAGAUGAUCAAAGAACAACCGGCUCCUGA